AUGACAUUAAAACAACAACCACUUUAUCUACCAAAAGCAACUGUUGUAUUCUCUCCACAAAGUGGCAACUCUGCUUAUGGUAACAUUAACUGGACACCAGAUGGAAAAGUAUUAACCUGUGUGCAAAGAAGGAACAUAGAAUGUGGAGUACCCACGCCGCAUGCUUUUAGUCCAACUUUUUAUUCCGGGAGAAAACUAUUGAAUAAAUUUCAUGUUGAAGAGGAUCACUCCUGUUCUGGUAACGCUAUCAUGCUGGUCAGGGGAAGCAAGAACAACAAGUCUGCCAGCUUAGUGGAAAAAGAAGACUUUAUACCUGGCAUUCAUGGGACCAGUCUUGCAGUGAGCAGCUUCUCUCACCAGACUCCACACACCUGUAGUUUGGAAUCUGAUUUUUCUGCUGAAAAGAAAUUUCAUUCACCAGAAGAGAACAUUGCUGGAGAAGGUGUUCUUACAAGUGGUUUUUACAAGGACCAUUAUAAUGCUGCAAUGGAGCAGUUGGCAGCUCUUAGCCUAUCAAAAAGUGCUAGGACAUCACAGCUCAAUUCAAAUAGCAGCAAACAAGCACCAUUUCAUCCCUGGAGCUGUAUAUACAAUCAAGGCAAUAAUGCAGUGAGCAGAGACUUCACUAAACCUUUUGGAGAAAUCGCAUCUAGCUCUAGUGAUAUUCCUAUAAAUUUCAUCAACACUAAUCCACUGGUGCAGUCUUAUAUGAAGAGAUGCCACACAGCUUCUUAUCCUGAAACUCAGAAGACAUUAGAGAACUAUUUUAGAAAUGGAGAUGGAGAUUUUUUCAAAAAAGCCAAUGAAGCCACUGCUUCUGCUACUUAUCCUGCUAUAGAUAGUAGUAGUGAUGACAUGCUUUCCGUAAUCAAAUUGAAUUUGAAAAGAGGAAAUAGCAAUGUGGAGGACAAGCUUUCAGUAGAAGAAAAAUAUAUAUCUGAGAGUGAGAAAAGAAGUAAAGCUUUGCUGAAAUAUUUAAAAAAUGUGAAUCUUAACUUGAAACCGGAACCUAUAGAAGACAAGGAAAGCAUUUCCUCUUCACUUGAGAGUGAUACGUUUUCAUACCCUGAUUUUCUUCCUCCACCUUACAAUACCAUGGAUUUACAAAAAAUGUCCUCAUUGAAGUUGGAUGACUGGAAGUUAUCCUUUAAUCCACCUCUUGAAGACUCACUUGAUAAACUAAUUUCUCGUCUAGUGGAAAUGGAAAGGUUACAGCACUUGACUAUAUUAAAAGAAAGGACGAGGGAGAGUUUUUCUCCUGCUAUGGCAGUCAACAACCGCAGCAGUUCUUCAAAAGAUGUACACCAAUUGAAGCAACUGAAGCCAUCUGAUCUUUCAUGUCCUCAGGCAUGUUUUGAUGGAGAUGUUCAAAAUUUUGGCUAUUUUGUGCAAGAAUUAGACAUUCCAAAAUGCACUUGCCAGCACUGUCGUAAGUGGAAUUAUGGUGCAUCAUCGCCUGUACGUUCAUCCACAAAGCACUGCCGAGCAUCUUGCCAUAGUUUUAAGUGCUCCAAAGCUCCAGUAAUUUUAGACUCAAGCAACGUUGCCACACGGAGCGCUCUGUCAUGCUCUGGAAGUUCACAAAAAAUUCGAUCAGCUGUCAAAAUGACUUCACGAAAGUUACUGUUACCUAGCACAGCUGUAGCUUAUUCCUUACCUGAAAAUGAAAGUUUAAAAUGUAAGCAACCAAGGACCAAAAGAAAAUCUUGUAAAAAAAAUGGAGCAUUAAUGAGUAAACCCUUCCACUCUCAGAAACUAAAAUCCGUAUCUCUUAUUACCAAACAAAAAUGCUCCCAUGUUGACCACCAAUGA